AUGACAUCAAUAGACGAAAAUAUCAAUCAUGGAAAAUCACUAGAUGAUUAUAAAGAUCCCGAAGAAUUAAUUGACCAAGAAGAAGAAGACGAUGAUGAUGAAGAAGAAGAUAUAAAUGAUAUGUCACGAGAUUUAGAUCAAAUAGGAAUGAUUAAUUUCAAUUUCCUUCCAUCUUAUUUAUCAACUGAGAAACUCUUAUCACAAAUGCCAAGUUUUGAAAUGAAGAAUUUCUCUCAGGAAUUUUCUAAAUAUGUGGCUAAAUAUAAAAAUUCCUACCAAAGACAAUACAACAAGAGUAGUAUUAAUGAUAAUGAAACUAAUGAUGAAACUGAUGUUACUAUUAUUGAUGCUAUUAAAACCGCAGUAUCUACAAGAAUUCAAAUGAAUACAUUUUUAAAUGAUUUAAAGCUUGGUGUUAAUUUUACAACCGCCAUUGAAAGAUUGCAACCAUUGACGGAAGUCAUUAAUGAAACGAUUUUUUUACCUGCUGAUGAUGAUUUUAGUGAAAUGGAAGAUGGUAAAGAUGAAAAAGAAGAAAUAGAAGAUGAAAUUACUGAACCAGUAGGGAUUGGUGAGAUUGUGAAUAAAAGUCAACCUUUAAUUAAUGAAAUUGUUAAACCUGGAGGAUCUAGGAACGGAUCAAUUAAAAGAAGAAAUAGGUAUAAUCAUCAUCAUCAUUAUCAUCAUCAUAACGAUAGUGGAUUGACAUCACAAACCAGUGAUGUUGAUGGAUUAACUAUAGAUGAAGUUCGUGAAUUGACAGAAUUGAAUUCAUUAGAUGAUUUUGCUAAACAAGAUGUUUUGAGAAGUAGGAUCAAAAAAAUUCAAAAUUUGACUAUUGGUCAAAAUAGUAAGAAUAAAUUAGUUACGAAAUUAAUGAUGGGAAAUUAUUAUAAAUAUGUUAAUGAUAAAAUAUCAGAAGAUGAUAAACAUUUGUUGCAACCUUUAAAGUCUGAGAAGUUAGUAAUUCAAGAACCUGCACCACUUGAUAAUGUUGAUGAAGAAGAAGUAAGUAUUCAUGAAGAAGGCAAUAGCCCAAUAGAGGAGGAUGAUGAUGAUGAAGAAGAAGAGGAAAAUUCCGAUGAAGAAGUUAUUCUCACGGAGCUUGAUUUACAGCCUUCUUAUCAUGAUUCAUUACGUACAAUUUUUGGAUGUUCUCAUUAUCAAACCAAUUGUAAAAUUGAAUGUCCUACAUGUUUUAAAUGGUAUUCAUGUCGAUUUUGUCAUGAUGCAGCCAAUAUGGAUCAUAAAUUGGUAAGAAAUGAAGUGAAACAUAUCUUGUGUAUGCAUUGUAACACUCCACAAGUUCCAGAAUCUAAUUAUUGUAUCAACUGUGAGCAAGAAUUGGCCAAUUACUUUUGUUCCAAAUGUAUAUUGUAUGAUAAUGAUCAAACUAAGGACAUAUAUCAUUGUGACAAGUGUGGUAUUUGUCGAUUAGGUUUGGGAUUAGAUAAGGAUUAUUUCCAUUGUGAUACCUGUAACACAUGUUUGUCGAUAGAUUUAAAAGGUCGCCAUAAAUGUCUAUCUGAUGUCACUCAUUCUAAUUGUUGUAUUUGUAAUGAAGAUUUGUUUUCGCUGGUUCACAAAGUUGUAUUUAUGAAAUGUGGACAUUCUAUUCAUGAACAAUGUUAUGCCAAAUUUACUAAAUUUUCAUCCAAAUGUCCUAUAUGUAAGAAAACUGUCACCAAUGUUGAAAGUCAAUAUAGAAUAUUAGAUGUUGAGAUUAAUCUGAAUCCAUUGCCUGCACCUUAUAAUUCAUGGAGAUGUAUUAUAUCAUGUAAUGAUUGUGGAGGGAAAUGUAAUACUUCCUAUCAUAUUCUUGGGUUGAAAUGUAAAUAUUGCAAUAGUUAUAACACUAACCAAUUGAAAUUGAUUAAACCAGAAGAAGAGCAAGAGGAAGAGGAAGAAGAUGGUGAUCAAAACCCAUUUGAUGCAAAUAUAAUGAAAUUAGUUCAAACCAAUAUACUGACCAAUUUUGGUAUUGAUGAACGACAAAUAGAAGAUGAAGAAGAAGAUGAAAAAAGUGGAUAUGAAGAUGAUAUGGAACAAGAUGACGAAGAUGAUGGAGUAGAUGAGGAUGAAGAAGAGGAUGAUGAGAUGGGUAAUUUUAUCAAUUUCAAGAAUUUUGGUGAUCGUGGAGCUGAUAAUGUUUCAUAUAUCACCUCGAUGUUUCAAAAUUUUGUAAAUAAAACAUUACAGAAUAGUAGUUAA